AUUAACAUGCCGAGUAAAUUAACUGAAAAAUAUAUUGACAUGCCUGGUAAAUGUAUAAUAUUUGUCUUUCCAUUCUUAGUAAACUUGAUACUGGCCCGCAGAUGGCCAGGGUGUUUAUACUUAUAGUAUCUAUAUAUACCUCAACAUACAUUUAACAUAUGAUCCAAAAUAGAGCGGCAAUGGAGUUUAAUUGGACAGUUGGUCUAGUAUCUUUCAUCACCCUUUUCUCUAUUAUUCUCAUCCGUCGGAAAAAGGCAGCUAUUGCCGGAAAAAGGCAACCACCAGCACCACCCGGGUGGCCGGUGUUCGGUAACCUUUUUAAUCUUGGUUCCAUGCCACAUAGAACCGUGGCCGGGCUAGCCACCGAAUACGGUCCUGUUGUUAGGCUAAAACUUGGAUCUGUAAACACAGUGGCGAUCUUGAGUGCCAAGGCCGCCACUGAGUUAUUCAAGAACCAUGAUUUGACGUUUGUGGAACGCACAAUAACCGAGACUAGUAAGUCUCAUGACUAUGACAAAUCUUCCUUAGCGUUAGCUCCGUACGGAAUGUACUGGAGAGUGCUGAGGAAGAUCUGUACAGUCGAGAUGCUCGUUGCUAAAAGGAUCAACCAGUCGAGUGAUGUGAGGAGACAGUGUGUCGAUAAUAUGUUAGAUUGGAUUGAAACAGAAGCCAAAUCGGCUAAAACCGGGAAGGGGGUGCACGUAGCGAAGUUUGUUUUUCUCGCGUCGUUUAACUUGCUAGGGAACCUUAUGCUCUCCCGAGACUUGGCGAAUCCGGAUUCGAAACUUGGGUCCGAGUUUUUUACGUCAAUGAUAGGGUUGAUGGAGUGGGGUGGUCAUCCGAAUAUAUCGGAUUUAUACCCGUGGCUAAAGUGGUUUGAUUUGCAAGGGUUGAGAUCGAAAAUGGACCGAGAUGUUGGAAAAGCGAUGGAGAUAGCAACCGGGUGGGUGAAAGAGCGGGUGGAGAAGCGGUUGAAGGAGGCGGAACAAUGUAGCGGCGAGAGGAGGAAGGACUUUCUAGACGUGUUAUUGGACUAUGAAGGCACCGGAAAAGAUGAACCCGAAAAGAUGUCCGAGAGAGACAUCACCAUCUUUAUUUUGGAGAUAUUUCUAGCCGGUUCAGAAACAACGAGUAGCACCAUUGAGUGGGCUCUGACUGAGUUAUUACGAUGCCCUGAGAAAAUGGUUCGGGCCAAAGACGAGCUUGCCUCGGUCAUUGGUCCGAACAAGAAGCUCGACGAGAGUUCAAUCGAUAAACUUCCUUACUUACAAGCCAUCAUAAAGGAAACGCUACGGUUGCACGCUCCGAUUCCUUUCUUGGUCCCACGAAAGGCACGCCACGAUACCAAUUUCAUGGGAUAUCAUAUCCCUAAAGAUACCCAAUUGUUUGUCAAUGCAUGGGCCAUCGGCAGAGAUCCCGAGUGUUGGGAGAACCCUAACUCCUUUGAGCCAGAGAGAUUCUUGGGCUCAACAAUUGACUAUAAAGGUCAACACUUUGAACUCAUACCCUUUGGUGCGGGUAGAAGGAUGUGUGUAGGUGUGCCGCUGGCGCAGCGCGUGUUACACCUUGUCUUAGGAUCGUUGCUACAUGAGUUUGAUUGGGAGGUUGAAAGCCAUGUGAAGCCGAAGACUUUGAACAUGAAUGAUAAAAUGGGGGUUGUUGUAAGGAAACUGGAACCACUGAAAGCAAUACCCAAGAAAGUUAAACGUUAAGUAAAUUUUAUAUUAUGAAUUCAUGACAUCCCAAACUUCAUUCAAGUUUAUAUUCGUGUAAUCUCUUAUAUGUUUAAUUAUGUGAUAUAUACUAAUAAAGACAUAUAAUAUGCUUAUAUGCUGAUAUUAUAUA